GCCCUCCCAGUAGGUUCCUGGGUCAGCAAGAUGCAGGAGCGCGAUGUGGAGUCUGCGGCUGGGGUCACGGAUCCUAGUCCCACUGGCAAGGAGCCUGUGACCAAGGGAGAAGCUCCCGACCAGGGCCCGACGCAGAAGCCCAGCCAGUCGGUUCCAGGGCCCGACACAUCCGUGGGGGCGCCUUCCCGACCCCGCCGGCGGCCCCCGCCCCAGCGCCCGCACCGCUGCCCCGACUGUGACAAGGCCUUCUCAUACCCGUCCAAGCUGGCCACGCACCGGUUGGCACACGGCGGCGCCCGCCCCCACCCGUGCCCCGACUGCCCAGCUCUCUCCUACCCGUCGCCCCGCACCUGCCCAAGGCCUUUGGCCACCGGCUCCAACCCGUGCCCGCACUGUCCAAAGGCCUUUGGCCACCGCUCCAAGCUAGCAGCCCACCUCUGGACCCACGCGCCCGCCCGCCCCUACCCGUGCCCCGACUGCCCCAAGUCCUUCUGCUACCCCUCCAAGCUGGCAGCCCACCGCCACACGCACCAUGCCACGGACGCCCGCCCCUAUCCAUGCCCGCACUGCCCCAAGGCUUUUUCAUUCCCUUCCAAGCUGGCCGCCCAUCGCCUAUGUCACGAUCCCCCCACCGCACCGGGCAGCCAGGCCACUGCCCGGCAUCGCUGCUCCAGCUGCGGCCAGGCAUUUGGCCAGAGACGCCUCCUACUCCUUCACCAACGAAGCCACCACCAGGCUGAGAGCCAGGGGGAGCGGGAGUGAGCCCACCCCUUGGCUCACUGGCUCCCUCUGCCGCCAGUCCCGAUCAAUAAAGAGGUGGCAUCUCUAA